UUGAAUGUGGCGAUUGGUCGAUAAUUUCGCUAGUACGAAGCUACGAAGCUCAUUGGCUGAUUUACCGCCGUUUUGCCGCACUGCGCUGUGUUCAACAGCUGGGCACGGCAAACUGAAACUGUAACCCGACCGGCUGUGCAAACAACUAGGCACUGCAACCAGACUAGUGUUAAAACACUACUCGGUAUACCUCGAUUAAUGAAUUGUGACAGACUGUCUUGGAAUAGAAACUUGAAUUUUAAAGUGUUGUUUAAGCAAUUUAACAACGUAAAACAUGGAAACAAAGGAAGAAUUAAACAAAAAGUCAACGAACACAGAUCAUGAUGUUUUGGAGGCAAUAUUCAUAUACAUUGGUGAGAUUGGGCGCUACCAGAAGUUCCUGUUCUGCGCCAUGUUGCCCUUCGGGCUGUUUUUCGCUUACGUGUACUUCGUGCAGAUGUUCAUCGCGGCCACUCCGCAGCGCUAUUGGUGCCAUGUACCAGAGCUCGCGCAUCUGGAUUUAGAGCUGAGACGAAAUCUUUCGGCCCCUGGAGCUAUCGAGGGCGAGGAUUGGGAGCGAUGUUGGACGUUCCAAACCAACUGGAGCCUGGUGCUAGACACCAUGGCGCCACCCGGCAACGACACGCCCACCGCGCCGUGCCAGCAUGGCUACGAUUUCGAGCUUACUGACAUUCCUUAUCACACGGUAGUAAGCGAGCGAGGAUGGGUGUGUGAUAAAUCAAGUUAUGCUCCAAUGGCACAGUCGAUAUUUUUUGCGGGAUCAUUCGUGGGGGGGCUGCUGUUUGGGUGGUUAGCAGAUCGAUUUGGAAGAAUACCCGCUUUAGUUGGGUCUACUAUGAUCGGGUUUGUAGGCGGAGUCGCAACUAUAUACACCAAUGGAAUAGUAGACUUCACCAUCGCGAGGUUCCUGGUCGGCAUGGCAUACGACAGUUGUUUUAUGAUGAUAUAUAUUUUAGUUCUUGAAUACGUCGGCCCUCGGUAUCGUACGCUGGCGGCUAACAUGUCGAUCGCGCUGUUCUUCGGCGCGGGCUGCGUGUCGCUGCCGUGGCUGGCGCUAGGGCUGGCCGACUGGCGCACUCUGCUGUGGGCCACCUCCGCGCCCAUGCUCAUCGUGCUCGCCAUUCCUUUCACGGUUCCAGAGAGUGUCCGAUGGCUCGUCUCUAGAGGACGCACCAAUCAAGCAGUCCGGGUGUUCAAAACUUUUGAAAAAAUUAACCGCACGCACAUUCCGCAGGAAGUGAUGGACGAUUUUGUUAUAGCAUCCCGUCAAACCCAAAAUCAGAAGCAUUCAGUGAGUGCCUUGUUUAGAAGCGCGCCGCUGCGGACGAUGCUCGCAUACAUGGUGGCGGUGUACAUGUGCUGCGCGCUCGUGUUCGACGGGCUGGUGCGGCUCUCUGAGUCGCUGGGGCUCGACUUCUUCCUCACCUUCACGCUGGCUUCCGCCACCGAGAUUCCUUCCGUCACGUUGCUGGCUCUUGUCAUGGACAGAUGGGGUCGGCGAAAGCUUACAGUGGUGCCCAUGGGAUUGUCGGGGGCAUUAAUAGGCAUUGCAGCAUUUUUACCUAAAGGAGUCCCGCAGACGACGGCCGCGGUGAUGGCGCGGUUCUUCAUAAACAUGUCGUACACGGCCGCCAUCCAGUGGUCCACCGAGAUGCUGCCCACGGGCGUGCGCGCCUCCGGUACCUCGCUAGUUCACGUCAGCGGUUACGUGGCCACCGUCUUGUCGCCUUUCAUCGUCUACUCGGAACGUUACUGGAGCUCGCUGCCACUGGUGAUCAUGAGCGGGCUGGCCGUACUGGCCGUGGGCUGCGGGCUGAUGCUGCCCGAGACCAUGGGCCGCCCCAUGCCCCAGACCAUCGCCGACGGGGAGAAGCUCGUCAGGAACUACACCUUGUGCGGAAAAAUAGAAGAAAUCGAAGAGGAGGCAUUAAAGGAGAUGAACAAAACCAAGGAGCCCAUUAUGUAGCGACUUUGUAAUACAUAGGUGUCUACAAAGUUAAAGGAUGGGUACAGGCAGUGUUGGCCGAACGUUAAUUAGAAUUGAAAAUAUUGAAAAUUAACGUUUACAAAUUGAACCCUAAACUGUGACCGUCCGUUACGGCUUACAGUUCAUUUUGUAAUGGUUAAUUUAUAAUAUUUUCAAUGCUACUUACUACUUAACGUUCGGCCAACACUGGGUACAGGUAUACCGUAAGCUGUCGAGCUGUGGUUACUCUUCUAUUUUAAAUGAAAAACUUCUAUAUAUUUUUGAUAUCCUUACUGAUAUUAAGUUAGAAAUAUUGUCGUCAACUUGUCAUAAAACACGAAAUAGGUAUCACUUUUAUUUUCGGAUAAUGUCUAAUGUUGAGAAAAUCUAACAGGUCGUAGCGCGCGGAUCUCCGCUGAUGCGUUGAUUUACAAUAAAACUAUUUAAAGUGAUUGCUAAGUAAUCAACAGGCAUUAAAGAAUUUUAUAAAAGGAGUUCACGGGUUAUUUAAUGCCUACUUAUAUACAGUUAUAAGUACCUACAUUGUUUUGUUUACGCACAUAAUAUUGUAAGCUCUCUUAUGAUGUGUUCAGGAACCGCAUGCCACUACCGGCGAAUUGCGGCAUCGUAGCCCAUAGAAUUGGUACAUUUUACCUAACAUCAAAUGAGGUAGUUCUGUUUUUUUAAUAUGUUGGUAGUGAUGAAAUGGUAAUAACAAAUCCAAGUUUUCGACCUCGAAAGCCCUUGGGAUCAUUGCAAAGUACAUGAAAAUCCAUUAAAUUUUAGCGUGUUUUUCAUUUUUUGUAAUUUUUUUCCACUAACAACUGGAUUUAAGACAAAAGUCACUAUGCACACUUUUAAGAAGAUGAUAUUUGCAAUUAGUUGAGUAUAAGUCUUAGUAAGCCAAAUAGUUUCUAAGAUACGGCUUUUCAAAGAUUUGCAAAAUUUUGAACUGUAACUGCAAAAAAGGUUGUACCAGCACUUGCGGUUGCAGGAAAGCAGGACUCAGUCUCAAAUGCUCAGCUGUUUGCAACUACAGCAAUGGUCAAUCCUGUGAGAAUAUACAGGACCGGAGAUGUGUGCCGACAUUGAAAAACCAUUCAUUGAUAAUCCACCAUCAAAUGACAAUUUCGACCUGCCUGAUCAGGUUGACGAAGAAAUGCUACCAUACACGCUGGCCCCAAAAGGAGUGCUGUGAAUUCAAAGGACAAGCCUGGUCCAUCAAAGAUAUACUGAUAUACAAGAAAUACGAGUUAUAACAAUUUCCCUCGCUGUACUGUAUAUUAUACACACAAUGAUCGGAAGAGCUUUCGAGGUGGAAAACUUGGAUUUGUAAUUACUAUUUCAUCACUACCAAUAUAUAUAAAAAACAGAACUACCUCAUUUCAUGUAAGGCAACACCUUUUUUUGGUAUUAUUUCCAUGUAUUAUCGUUGCUCUGUCGCGGAACUUGCGGAUAUGAAUUAGCGUCUCCGAAAUAUCUUGAUCGCUCAUUUUACACGAGUUCUGCUAUAAGUAGUUAGUUUGUACACAAACCAAUUUUCUUGGGCGAAUUGGGGCGGAGAGACUGCCUAUCGCAAUUCAGCGUGACAACGGAGCGAGCGUGAUGGGCACCUUUGUGCCCGGAAGUUGUUUGACUAGGUUAUUUUGUGACAUUGUUUAGUUUAGUUUUAAUUUAAUUUAGUAUUUAGUUUUGGUUUAAUGUAUUUUAAAUAAAUCAAUGUUUUUCUUUUUAUUAACUCAAACUAAUAAAAAGAUACCGUAGAGAGACAAACUAUUAACUAAUGUCCACCCCACCUGUCACAUAUCGUUCAAUUUAUCAAAAUUAUUUGCAAUUGGCACGUUUCGAAAUAUUAGAAUAGAAGUCAUCAAAUUCCUUUGUUUUUCAGAGUUGUUCGACAUUGUCAUUGAAUUUAAUUAUAAAAUAGAUAUUGAUGUAAUAAUUAUGCAAUAAUCAUUGUAGUUAGGGCGGCGAAUAGGGGAAUUUUCGGUAAUACUCGAGCGUGGCAGUUUAAGAUAUGAGAGAUACCUUAGACCUAAUAGAACAACCUUGUAAAGUAUUUAGCUCUAUAUGUAGUGACGCGCGCCUAGGAUAGACGAUCAGAUUAGUAAAAAAAAAUCGAUAGUCUGAAAUACUCGAGCGCGUCAGAUUAAGAUAUUGGGGGUUGAUUUUAGUGUUUUAAGAGUAAAUUUAACUAAUCUGACGAUAAGUCCUUGACGCCGCCGAGUUAUAGGGUCGCGAACUUGUAAAAAAAAAACGUCAAUCCGGCAUUCUCGAGCGCGAUUUUUUUUUUGAAGAAUAUAAUCUUAAACUUACUAAAAAUACAAAAUCUGCCGGUUUCCGCAUGACCGGAAGUGUGGAGGAGCCAUUUCGUCUUCCGAAAAACGCGUUGCGGCAUAUAAGUCGCGAACGAUACAUUAUACAAAAAAAAAGUUUAAAUAAACAAAAAAGGUAAUUUUAUUUUACACAAAAAAGAUCUCUUUACAUUUUUGUUCAAAGUUAAAACUUUUUGACUUGAAGCAUCAUAAAAACUCAAACUCCCGGUUUUUUGAGUAUAUCUCGAAAACUGAGGGUGUUAAAAAAAUUGAUAUGAAAUAACGAUGAUUAAAUUAUGUGACUUUUAUUACAUCUUUUUUUUUUUCUAAAGCUUCUCGACAAAUUUGUUGGACUCGGAAAAAGUUACGCGUAUCUGUAUACAAAAGUAUUAUUAACAUGUACAGUUUCAUGUAUCUAUAUUAUUCAAUAGCCUGUUGAUCCUCAAAUUGUUUUUUGGACGUACCGUAAGCAAAACGAAAUGAAGAAUUGAAGCAAAAAAGAGGAAUUUGCUAUAAACAUGUAAUACAGACUGAGCGCUACGCGGAAAUAUAUUUUUAUAUCAUUUCAUUUUUUUAUACAAUAAAUAAUACAAUUCGUACUACAUUUCAUCUACAUUUACGUUGUUUGCAUCUAUCGCUUUAUUGUCAUUCUUAAAAUCCCCGUUUUAUCAAGGAGAAAGAAAGGAAAAAAAGAAACCAAAAAACCUUUUUCGGUCAGAUUAAGAGAACCCACCAACAUUUUUGUCAGAUUAAGAAAAUAUGCUUUCAGGAUACCGAGAUAAACCUCCCCUAUGAAAAUCUGACGCGCUCGAGUUUUUCAAAAAAACUUUUUUUUUUUUGCAUUUUCAAAAAUUCAUCGUAACUUAUCGUCACGCCGAAAUCGUCAGUUUUUUUAAAGGGAGCUUCCUUGGGGCCUACUUAACACCCCUUCCGAAAAUCUGAGUUUGUUCUAAUAGAACAGAUCUUUAAGCUGGCGGUAAUUUCCGGUCUUUGAACGCAACAUAUUUUUUUAGGGUUUUCGGGGCUUAUGAUGUGUGUAGGUAAAAUAUAUAAAUAGAGUUAUGUAAAACUAUAAAAAGUACUUAAACAAUGUGUGUAUCUAAGUAUCACACAGAUACAAAUACCUAUUGAUCAGAAGUAACAUCGAUGUCUAUCCUCAAUAAACAACAGACAAUGAUAUUUUCACCACACCAACUGGUAAAGGCCCUCUUGAUUGUUCAAAAACGAAUGAGAAAGUUGCAUUUUAUCCACUUGUGGGGCAAAGUAAUCAGAUGCAUAUUUUGAGCUGUUUCCGUAUGUUAGCUGGUAGAAUUGACUCUUAAAUUAUGAUUUAGAAAGAUAUUUUUUUACGUUCUUUUGGAUUUAAUUUGGUUAGAUUUUUUGGUAUUCCAUAUUUAGUAUUUUCCUCACGUUGGUGUGGUGAAAAAUUUUGUCAUUCACUCGGAGGCAUAGUUUGUUUAACCCUCGUGCCUUGAAACCCUCGCAACGCUCAAGAUUCCACUUCUCUAACCACUCCCUACCGUCGUGGUUCAAUUUUGGAAUAUUUCGCUUGUUCGGGUAUCAAUCGGACACGAGCGGUUAAACAACAACUUUGCCACCUUGUAAAACAAAUAACUAUUAAUAGGUAAUACGCGUACCGGGAGUUUCAUAAAUUUACCGAGGCAGUUAUGAUGAAGUGUCCCAUGCGUAUCUACUUUUUAUGGGCUUAGAAUAUAUGCAUAGCUACCUACAUGCUAACCUUUAGCUCAGAUAAAUGAACGCCUUCUAUCAAUCGUUAACUAUACUAUUAUAUGUUCUUAGUAUAAUGUAAUGAUAAUGCAGUUAAAACAACUUGGUUAUUAAGAUUCACAUCAUUGAUCCAAAUAUUUAAAGUAGACCCGUAUGGGAUGGGAUGCCUACAAGUAACUAAUAGAGUUGAUGAACAAUUGUAUGUGGUGGCGUUCAAGACAAUCAGUAGAGCUUUAUUUUCAUUGAAAGUUUCACAACCCUGGCCAUCAAUUCGUUUUUGUGAGUAUAGAACCCAGGCUGUGAAAGUGUUAAGUAAACGUCAUAAUUUCAUAGAAGGUUGACGUUUAAAAUAACACCUGCACUGUGUACGCUGUCAAAAUUGCUGCCAACUUAGCUUAGUCUGACGUACUAUACUCACAAAAACGAAUUGAUGGCCAGGGUUGUGACUUUCAAUGCAAAUAAAGCUCUAGAGGUUGUCUUGAAAGCCACCACAUACAAUAGUUCAUAAACGAGCGAGGAAUCACUCUCCAUAACCUAUCACAAGUCAUCAUCAUCGACGAUUUUUAAUUAGCGUCCAUGAGCAAUUCUAGAUCUAUUAAGAAAUUAGGUUUUUAUUACAGUAACCCCCAGGAUCAAAGUAAUCUCAGUUUAGAUUACUUUCCUCAAUAUUGAUUUGAGGGAUAAGGUAAUGUAGAUAAGUAUUUAAUUUUAAAUAUCACUUCGCAGAACUUUUACGUGUUUAUAGGUAGAUUAUGACGAAACCUACACAAACCUACUUGCCGACUGUAAUAUGUGAAUAUUCGUUGCAAAAUACCUAUACUAUUACUGUUUAACAGAAAAAAUGUAGGUACCUACAUACUUAAAUAAAAGUAAUGCGUUAUCAGGCAUACAAUUGUUAUGCCUUUUGCAGGGUUCGUAUGUGCACAAUAAAUACUUUUGACUUACGAGUAGCCCGAUGUAAAUAAAAUUAUCACAGCUAAGUGUGACAAGGUACAGUACAUUAUCAGCAUCAGCGGGCACUAUCUAUACUACGUCUACGCCGCCUUAAGUAGUCGUCGCUUAAAUAGUUUAAGUAAUGUUAAUUUAUAUUUAGGUACUUUAAAAAAUACCAAUCAUGUCAUGACAGUGGCAUACGGCGACUAAAAUAUAUAUUUGAUUUCCAUAUAUUUUGUCUUAGAGAAUUCGUUCCUCGGCUUCAAAGUGAUCGUCAACUAACGUUGAUUCUGCCGUCAAGCAAGACAACCAGGUUACCUGAGUAAAUAGUAGUGCGAUCCUAGUCGUUGUGUGUGUCACUGGUACAUACAUGAGAAGGUAUUAAAUAUCGAUACGAUACACGACAUUAUUGCCUAUAUAUUAAGGUAGUGUGUACAUAUUUAUGUCACUUUGUCCGUAUCGAUAUUUAAUACUUGACUGUACUACAUAGGUAUUUAUUUGCCUCUAGUAAUUUUAUGUGAUUUAUGAAUUCGUUUUGUAAGUAGGUAAACAGACAAUGGGUUAUUAUUUAACUAAGUAAAUGUCACACCUAUGUACCUACUGCUUAUGUAUUCGAGAUAACAACAAACUAUUUAUUUUCCAUUUGGAACACGUUGCUCAAAUUUGCACAAUGCAUAUUCGAUAGGUACCUGUAUUCAUCAUUGUGUAAUUGCAAGGGUGUUUAUUUUAUGUAGGUACUACGUUAGAAAUAAGUACCUAAUAUAAAUAAAACUCAAGGACUGAAUAAAGAAUGAAUUAUGUGAUACAACGGUUGGUAGGCACGUUAAGUCAAUUGUAACUCGACUGUACCUUCUUAAAUUUAGGUUCGUAAUGUACCUCAAUGAAUUAUUUUAUAAAAAGAAAAGGGGGUCAUACACAGACUUAAUUGGAUAAACAAAUGAAUAAGAUACCACUUUACAAAACAAAAUUAAAAAUAUCCUCAAUCCGUCAUCUUCACCAGCAGUUCCAUUUCACCAAUGUUGCUCUCCCAGAGCUAACGCACAAUACCUACCCGAUUACUCGAUUCCAUCACAUGAUGACAAACACCCUCUUAUAUAUAAAAUACCUUAGGUAGGUAUUGUCUAUAAAAAAAAAUAUUCCGACGAAUUGAAAACCUCCUCCUUCGUAAAUAUACUUAAUGUUAAAAAUGUUUCCAGGUAGAGGUUAGUAAGUAUAUGUAACUAAGUUUUCCAGCCAGAGGUUCAAGAACCGACAAGAAUGGGGCCCGAUUUUUGUAAAUAGUCGCUCCUACUACUACGUCUAAUUGUGUCGAUUAGUAGAUUCAUUUCAAUAUUGGUUUCACUUUUACCUAGUAUAUGUUAGCUCAACGUGGUAGGUUUAUACUCGUAGAUAUCGGCAAUAGAAUUAAGUCACGCACACAACAACAAAAUCAUGUAAUGUCUGCGAGACUUUAAAAUUAGUGUUCUUUUUCGUACCGAUUGCAACUUGAACCGCCAGCUGCAAGACCGAAAAGUUUCUUCAGAGUUUGUUUUUACCGUAAUAUCGUGCGCUUAAGUUACUAUCAUUCAUUCAUUCAAUGCUGUUGAAUGCUGCGAUUUGUUAUUAGUUCUCCGUGUAGCUGAUGUGUGUAAUCAAUAAUCAUUCACCUCAACUCUCCUGCCGAUACCUAUACAAAUAGUGGACAUUAUGUAAGUAGGUAGGUAGGUAAAUGACAUUAAUAGACACUAUAGUAAAAGUGCCUUGUUGAUGGACGGACAGAGGUAGAAGUUGUUUGGUUGCCAGUGGCGGGCUACAUUGGGCAGUGUGUUUGAUCUGCUGGGCAGUCCGACAGAGGUCGCACUCUGUAGACCAGAGGCCCUACCGCGAAAAAUAAAAAUCGAUAUUAUCUGCCUCUCUAUGGCUCCAAUAUGUAGAUAUAUAUUCGAUUGUCGUUUUCCGCGGUAGGGCCUCACACGCUGAUACAGGUCCUGCGCAGUCUGUAAAGAUCCCAUACAGGAAUAAGUUCGCCUUUGUUGUAUUUAAUUUACCCUGUAACUGUGUUUUUCGUUCCUAUUACAAUAAAGUAUAUACAUACAUAAAGUAGUCCACUUAUACCAAGGCAUCACAAAAGCGGUAACUCUACAAUAUGAUGUGAAUCUCUAACUUAGUUGAGUCCUGAGUCUAAGUCGCCUUAGAGAGACUAGAACACCAGCCAGUGCCUGGCAGACCAUUAAAUAAUUUUAUCGACGGCUGUAUAAUACGACCUCGUUCAUGUUCCUUGCCGACUAAAUUGAAGCUGCAUUCAAUUCAUAGUAAUGUGACUUGACAUUUAUUUUUAGUUUAAUUUGCACUUUUUUAGAUAAUCAUAGUAAUUAUUAAAAUAAUAAUGAUUAGUCUUCCAUUUAUUUUAAAAUUGUACUUCGUGCAAAUCCAACCGAUAUGUAAUAAAAAUGUAAAGUCUGACUAUAAUUUUAUUGUUGUCAAAAGCAAACAAUAUGUUUAUAUAGGUAGGUAGAUACAAAAAUAAACGUCACAAGAUCAGAA